ACCUCCCCGCCGCGCUCCGCCCGGAGGUUCGCCCGACCCCGCGCGCGCGGGUAGCCGGAGCGGCUCGGGGAGGAGCAGCCCGCCUGUGUGCGGCUGGGAGAGUUCACCGCGUGUGGACACUGCACACCCGGUGCUCGGGGCCCGGCCGAGGACGGUGCGCCCUGCCGCCUUCGGGAGGAAGGAGCGGGCGGCCCGGGGCCAGGCCAGCCCGGGGUGCGCUGGUCCCGGGCGGGCGGCCUCCAGCCGGCGGGCCCCCGCCUGCGUGGGCCCGGGUCUCGGGGAGUCGGCGCCGUUAGGAGCGUGCGGGCCCCGCCCCGGAGGGCGUCGCCCGUGCUGCCCUGGUGGACGCGCUGGGCGCCCGGUCGGCUUUGCCACCGUUUUAACCUCAGCCUCGUAGGGUGGCUUCUGGUAUACUGCAGGCAUUCGGAUAGUCCACAAUUUAAAAAAAGGAAGGGAAAGGGGAGGAAAAAGGAAAGAAGGAAAGGGAAAUGGGGGGGGGGGAAGGGAGGAGACAAAAGGAAAAAAGGGAAAGAAAGAGAAAGGAAGGAAAAAAGGGAAGGGAAGAGAGAAAGAAAAGGAAAAAAGGGAAAGGAAGAGAGGAAGGAAAAGACGGAAGGGAAGAGAGAAAAGGAAAAAGGGAAGAAAGAAAAGGAAAAAAGAGAAGGGGAAGGGAAGAGACAAAAAAGGAAAAGGAAAAAAGGGAAGGGAAGAGAGAAGGAAAGAAGGAAAAAGGCAAGAAAGAAAAGGAAGAAAGAGAAGGGGAAGGGAAAAGAAAAGGAAAAAAGAGAAAGAAGGGGAAGGGAAGAGACACAAAGAAAGAGGGAAAAAAGGGAAGGGAAGAGAGAAGGAAAGGGCCCACCUGGCGGGACCAGGAUGAAGGCGUUUCUUAAGGGUUAUGUAAAUAUCCUAGGAAAUCCUUAGUUCUUAUUAACAAAGUAAAUUGAAAUUUCUGCAUUUCCCUUGUGGUUUUUUUUUGGCUACAAUUAUACAUGUGUUAACUAGUAAGAUGUAUACAGUACAGUUUAUUGCACUGAGUAGAUUUACUCCUUCAGGACUUCUAAUCUACAUAAAGUUCUGCAUUAAUUUAGCUUGUUCCUGCGUGUUUAAUAAAGAGAGACCUGGAGGGCUUCGAUCCAGCUGGCACUUUGGCCAAGGUCUUGCUGUUCCUCUACACCUGGUAAACAUAUCUAUUUACUGAAUAGUGCCCAGUCACUACAUUUGUCUAGGCACAUAUUCUACUACAACUUUUAAUUUUUAUAAGCAAGUAAACCUGCAUGAUACGAUUUUUACCAAAUCAGUGUUGAACUGUGGGCUUCUAGUGAAUAAAGGGUACAGGGGACUAUUCAGGCCGUGCUAAAUCCUGAGGCCUGUGUUUUCUGUAUCCAAGAAUUGGCUUCAGUUCAUCAGUCCAUCCCCCCCCCCCCCAGCCUCGGUCUGCUGUGCAAAUUCCAAAUAGUCAACCUGAGAAUAGGAAGUAAUAUUGGCGACCUCAGUUAAUGGGUGGUGUGAGUCCGAAGGGGGAAAACUUAUGGCUGAAAAUCAGAAAGUAGGUCUGCAUUCAUGUUUGCAUUUUGCACUCCAGCAGGGAUGCUGUGAGCCGUUGCGCCCAAAUCCUAUGGCCUGGAGUUCCUUCGGUAGCAGUUUUCAAGCAAGACCAAGUUAAUCUAGUUGAAAUGAGCUUUUAAGUGGACAGUAUAUUGAUCUCUCUUUUUUAUUUUUUUUCCACAUGUGAGCUAAUGGCUGCUACGUGCUGCAGUUUCCUGAAAUGACUUAGGGACCUCCUUGCUCUCACUCUGGACGUCAGUCAGGGUAGCAAAAAGAUGAGUAAGGACAGUUUAGGGCACGUGAACAGUGAGUCUGUACUUUGACUAUAAACUGCAAAGUACUUCCCUUAAAAAUUAGAUUCACUAGUUUAACCAUUGUAUAAUACACCUUCAUUUUUUUGCCCUGCAUUUAAAUGUACAUUUAUUUAGGUAGUGUGUUUUGUGAUUUAUUAUAAGGUAAAUAACUAAUUACAGUCAGAUACAUUUUAAAAAAUAUAUUGUCACUCGGUUAACUGCUUUAACUUAGACUCUACCGACUCUCACUUGCCCAUGAAAUACCACCUUAGGGGAAAAUUUAAAAAAUUACAUGUGCACGGUUUCCCUGAGCGUUGGUGAGGAGACCAUCAUGGGGGUGGCACCCACAAAACUGCUUUGUUCUUCCUAAGAAUUAAAUUAUGAUGUACGUAAUAAAUGGUCCAGUGUGGUACAGUUCUAGCCGUUGCCAAGCAACAGGGACUCUUGUUUGUUUUGUUUCUGUUCUGGUCCCUAUUAAGGACCUGUCCUUCCUUUGGUGCAGGAAAAAUACCUUAAAAAUUAAAAGAAAAAAAAAAGCAACCUACUCUAUUGAUAUUUAGAAAGCCAGAUCGAAAACUAUAUUAGAUUAACCCAUCCUCCUUGAUGAUUGGAAAUCCAGGAGUUUUAUAGUUAAAGGGAAAGGGGACACCAGAAGACUUAAUACACAGUCACGCAGAGUUUUAAAGAGGAAAGCCAUGGCCCUGGAUUGGCAGCACGCGCCUGGAAAGAUAAGCAUCGCUGAACCGUCCUUCCUUUCCGGAGCGAAGGCUGUUGAGAACAGAGAUUACCCACACUACUGUCAGCUCUUAAGGAAAAUGAACAUGCCUUUUGUGAGAGGGGUUGAGGACAGACACGACUGCGGCAGGAUUGAGAAGAAGGGCAGCCCAGCUUUCCUCAAGUUCCAGCCCCACCCGCCUUCUGUGCUGCCGGACUACCAUUUGCAUUACCCUCACCCGCCGCCGCCUGGCCCGGGUUACCCGUUGUUUCCCCUGCGGGAUGAUGUCCCCCUGGGGGAUCCCUGCUCGGGGUUUCUGAGUCCUGGUGGCGACGCCGAGUUAAGGCCUGGCGUUGGCAGGAGCGUCCCAAGCCUGGCAGACGUCAGCGACGUGAAGCCCCAGCAUCGCGUCCCCAGGCCAGACACGGGAUUUCAGACGAAGCUGAAAAGGGAAAAAGUUUUAUUGGAAGAGCUGCAGCAGGACAGGAGGUGGAAUUCCAGGGCAGUACCAGACGUCUCCAUCAGAGCAAGACUUGGAGGUUGGACGAGCCCCGUGAAGGUCACUCCGCUGCAGCCUCGUCGUGAAGGAUGCUCAGUAAAUCACACAUACACGUUUGAUGAGGACGCAGCGCGUACAGAUGAUGGAGAGCUGCUUUUACAGCCAAACAAGAAAUCUAAUGCCAAAAGCUCAUUUUACAAGUCCUCUACACAAAAAGCUUACGAAGUGGUCCCUUGGGACAAGAUGAUACCGCCAAAACUUGAUCCAGAAGAAACAACGGUGGAAAAAGCUGCUGACCUCGUCUCACAGUGUUUUACACUGAAGAGAUAUGAACCAUCUCCAGCAAUAACUCAGAUGGUCGGUGGACUCUGGGACAGGUUUCAAACGAGAUCUUUCUUGGCCCCAGUGAAACCAGUUAACUUUGUGAGUCCGAGUUCCAGAAGCAAAUACGUUCCCCUCUAUACUGGCUGUGUGCAGUCUACAGAUGCCGAUGACCUUGACAACCCCUGGGGCGACAUCACGUCCCUCGCCAAGCCCCGGAGCUCGGAAAUUCUCCGCACAACAGCGAGUCGCUCUGCACAUAUGCCUGGAUAUGCUGGUAAGGUUCAUUUCGCAGCCACCCACCCGGCAAAUUCGGAUAUUCCAUCGACGACCCCCUCUCCAGAUUCAGAAGUGCAGAGCGUCUUACGGCAAGCAACGGUGGUCGACGUGUUCCGUCACCAGGCCCCGCUGUCCCGGAUGGUCACAACUGUGAAACCCUACAACCCCUUCAAUAAGAAGGAAAAUGGAACGGUCGGCUACUGAGAGACACCCGCCCUCCGAGGGGGGGGGCCUGAGGCACUGCGCAAGGUGCAGGGGCAAAUAAAGGAAAUUUUA